AUGACUGAUUCUGCGCUGUUAGAAGUCAAAAGCAAAUUUGAUGCGGAGUUCAGACGGUUCAGUAUAAAUCCUGCCGCACUGAAACAGUUUAAUGAAUUCUACGCCUCCCUAGAACAACUACACCACCUGCAAGGCAUUCCGUUUGUUGUCCAGUAUGUGGAUCCAAAAAAUUCCGACUUGUUGCCGAUCAAUAAUGACAACAACUAUGCUGUAGCACUUUCAGCCUCGAAACGACUGCUGCGUAUACUGCUUCAGAGAAAAGGUGAGAGCUACGGGGAGUUAUAUGGUUACAAGUCCACUAAAUCAACCCGUCCGCACAAAAGUGCCGCUAGUGUGCUCCGUUCCUACGCCAGUGUGGAUAAACCGAAGGAUCCAGCCCGAGCAAUUAUGAUGAAAAAUGACUUUCAUCUUGUUUCCUCAAUUCUGGAUGUCGAUAUCGUCCCCAGGGAGCUACGCCGUGUGCGCCUUGUCCGAACACCAAACAAGCAAUUUGGCCUGUAUAUCCGCAGUGGAGUCAGUCAUCACCACACCAUCAACGGAUAUGAGGCUGUGCCAGCCUUCUUCGUUUCUCGCUUAGAUCGAGACGGGGUCGCUUAUGGCACGGGCUUGCUGGCUGAGGAUGAUGAGAUCAUAGAAGUGAAUGGCAUUGAAGUGGCUGGUAAAACAAUGGAUCAGGUUACCGACAUGAUGGUUGCCAACAGUUCGAAUCUGAUCAUCACAGUGCGACCAGCAGACCAACGCACUUGCUUGCCACCAAACUAUCGUUCAACAGUUUCCAGCAUCAGCGGCCGUAGGUCAGAACAUAUCAUAGAGGAUUCCUCACCAAUAUCCACAAGACGUGCAGGCUCUGGUGAUAGUCGCCCUGCUGUUCCGUCCGAACGCUCUCGUAAGUACUCUCCUGCAGAAGAGGAAGAAACAGACUACGAUGCAAUGGGCGGAUUGAUAACACUGUAAUACUUACCAUACAUAUCACUUACUUUUUCUUUCCAUUUUCCACUCAACUGGGUUUCAGUUUGUUUGUUACUCAACACCUCACUUGCUCACUGUUUCGUGCCAUAAAUUUUUAACGGUCAC